UACAAUGAAGAAAGGGUCACUUAGAACAUCUGAGUUUUUCGUUUAGUGUAUUUUUCUGUGUAUCAUCAGUGUCCUGUUUUUUGUGUUUGUUUCACUCCACCCAUUUUGUGUAAUGGUCCGCUCCGCACAGCCGCGACGCGGCCGUUGCUCACAGAGCUGAGUGCAAGCAGAGCUUCAGAGAUCCUGCCAUUGCUGUGCUCCGUGUCCUAGUGAUGCCUUUUCCCAACUUUUCAUCCAGCGGUCAACGACGACACAUCUAAAAGAAAGACCCCUUUAUUUUCCCCACGUUUCCCCCUUAAAACUUCACUUUCUUUCAUGAUUCGGUACCUGGUUGGACUAACGUACGCUAGCGUUUCUGGCAGCGGGGAGAAGAUAAUGAACUUUGGACUUUCCCCACGGUUUUUCCUGACAUGUUUCCCGUCGUCCUGGACAGAAUAAAAUAACAGCGUAGCCCGGCGUGGCGGCGGCUGGGCUAGGGGGGAAAUAGCGCACUUUUCUAAGUGGUUACCAGAACGCAAAGAACAGCAACUUUUAAUCUGUCAGUUUUGUGGAGGAACGGGAGGGUAAAAUGUCCUCCAAAGCCUCGAAUAAGAGUGCAGCCAUGGAGGAAACUGUCAUUUGGGAACAGCACACAGUGACCCUGCACAGGGCCCCUGGAUUUGGGUUUGGCAUCGCCAUCUCUGGUGGACGAGACAAUCCUCAUUUUCAGAGUGGAGAGACAUCCAUUGUUAUAUCUGAUGUGCUGAAAGGAGGUCCUGCAGAGGGACUUUUACAGGAGAAUGAUCGUGUAGUGAUGGUCAAUGCUGUGUCUAUGGACAAUGUGGAGCAUGCCUACGCUGUACAGCAGCUCCGAAAGAGCGGCAAAAAUGCAAAGAUUACUAUUCGUCGGAAAAGGAAAGUACAGAUCCCUGUUUCGCGGCAAGGUGACAGGGAAACAAUGUCAGAGCAUGAAGAAGACAGUGAGGAGGCCGAUGCUUACGAUCCCCAGAGCGGGCGUGAAAAUGCAUAUGGAGCACCUGCUGGAGGCACAGGCACGGGCAGACGUCAUGAUCAUGAACGCAGCAGCAGUGGCAGGAGAGAUCACAGUGCCUCACGGGAGAGGAGUGUCUCACCACGCUCUGAUCGCAGGUCACAGACCUCAUCUGCUCCACUUAGGCCGUCAAAGGUCACCCUCGUCAAAUCUCGCAAAACUGAAGCAGAGUACGGACUCCGACUGGCCAGUCACAUUUUUGUGAAGGACAUCUCCCCUGAGAGCCUUGCUGCGAGGGAUGGAAACAUCCAUGAAGGAGAUGUUGUGCUUAAGAUCAAUGGCACGGUCACAGAGAACCUGUCACUGAUAGAUGCCAAGAAGCUGAUCGAGAGGUCAAAGGGCAAACUGAAGAUGGUGGUACAAAGGGACGAGCGUGCCACACUCCUUAAUGUUCCUGAUAUGGAUGACAGUAUCCCGUCAGCCAAUAACUCUGACAGAGAUGACAUUUCAGAAAUACAUUCACUGACAUCAGAUCAUUCUAAUCGAUCCCCUGGGCGAGGUCGAUCACGGUCACCUGACAGACCUGACACGGCCGACCAUCUCCGUCAUUCCCCACGACAGAUCAGUAAUGGCAGCCAUCGAAGUCGAGAUGAGGAGCGAUCGUCUAAACCAGGGGCCAUGUCCACACCAGUCAAAAGCUCUGAUGAUGGAGUCUUGUCACAGGCCAGUGACCAGGCCAGUUCCAGAGAUGACAAGUCCUUGCCUCCACUGCCUGAACCAAAGCCAGUUUAUGCACAGCCUGGUCAGCCUGAUGUGGAUCUGCCCGUCAGUCCCUCUGAUGCCCCUGUACCUAGCGCAGCUCAUGAUGACAGUAUUCUGAGACCUAGCAUGAAGUUGGUGAAGUUCAAGAAGGGAGAGAGUGUUGGUCUGCGGUUAGCUGGAGGAAACGACGUGGGAAUAUUUGUAGCAGGAGUUUUGGAGGACAGUCCUGCAGCAAAAGAGGGUCUUGAGGAAGGAGACCAGAUUUUAAGGGUGAACAAUGUGGACUUUGCAAACAUUAUCCGAGAGGAAGCAGUGCUGUUUUUACUGGAUCUCCCCAAGGGAGACGAAGUCACUAUUCUGGCUCAGAAAAAAAAGGAUGUGUAUCGAAGGAUCGUGGAAUCAGAUGUUGGCGACUCGUUCUACAUUCGGACGCAUUUUGAAUAUGAGAAAGAGUCACCUUAUGGCCUGAGCUUUAACAAGGGCGAGGUGUUCCGUGUAGUCGACACACUUUACAAUGGAAAACUGGGUUCCUGGCUCGCCAUCAGGAUUGGAAAGAACCAUCAUGAAGUGGAGCGUGGCAUUAUCCCUAACAAGAACAGAGCUGAACAGUUAUCCAGUGUGCAGUAUACCCUUCCAAAGACACCAGGAGGAGAUAGAGCAGAUUUCUGGAGAUUCCGAGGACUGAGAAGUUCCAAGAGAAAUUUGCGAAAGAGCAGGGAAGACCUGUCUGCUCAGCCAGUACAGACCAAGUUCCCAGCUUAUGAGAGAGUGGUGCUGAGAGAAGCUGGGUUCUUGAGGCCAGUGGUCAUCUUCGGCCCAAUUGCAGACGUGGCCAGAGAGAAACUAGCCAGACAGGAGCCAGACAUUUUUGAACUAGCAAAAACACAGAAACAACAAGGAGGUGAAAAGAGUGAACCCAGAGAUGCAGGGACGGACCAGAAAAACUCUGGCAUCAUUCGCCUGCACACUAUUAAACAGAUCAUUGAUCGAGACAAACAUGCAGUGCUGGACAUCACCCCAAAUGCAGUGGACCGUCUGAACUAUGCACAGUGGUAUCCUAUUGUGGUGUUUCUUAACCCUGACCACAAACAGGGCGUCAAGAGCAUGAGGACCCGCCUCUGUCCCGAGUCUAGGAAAAGUGCCAGGAAACUCUAUGAUCGAGCUCUCAAAUUGAGAAAAAGCAACCAUCAUCUCUUUACAACAACUAUUAACUUGAACAGCAUGAAUGAUGGUUGGUUUGGAGCUUUGAAAGAGACCAUCCAGCAGCAGCAGAACCAGCUGGUGUGGGUUUCAGAGGGCAAGGCUGAUGGUGCAGGUGAGGAUGACCUGGACAUCCACGAUGACCGUCUGUCAUACCUGUCAGCACCAGGCAGUGAAUAUUCCAUGUACAGCACCGAUAGCCGCCACACCUCAGACUACGAGGAUACGGACACAGAGGGCGGAGCCUACACUGACCAAGAGCUGGACGAGACACUCAACGAUGACGUGGGUCCACCCAUUGAGCCUGCCAUCACCCGAUCUUCAGAGCCGGUCCGAGAUGACUCACCGGUUAUCCAAGACCCCCCUGGCUACUCCGGCUACCCACAUACGGUGCAGCCACAUCCUCUGAACCGCAUCGACCCAGCCGGGUUCAAGGUUCCAGUGCCGCAGCAGAAAGCAGAAGCCGCUGCCACCCCUAGUGUCCCACAGCAGCCUGAGUCCCUGGCUGAGACAGUGCCCCCUGCUGUCGACGUUACUGUAAAAACUGUAGGGGCUCUGAGCCCUGAUGAGGCUUCUUCAGCUCCUCACAGGCAGCCAAGCCCCAACCUAGAGGCUGGCUCGCUGAGGAGGCCCACCCCAGAGCUAACCCAUCAGAGUGUCACACCAGAACCUCCACAGUCUGGAUUUGCCAGUUCUGAACCAAAGAUGUUGCAAAAGGAUCCAUUCAGCAAAGACACCAUGGGGAGAAACAGUCAGGGGAUGAAACCUGUGACUUACAACACUCAGCAGGGAUAUCACCCUGACCAACAGCCAUAUAGAAAUUAUGACCAUCCUCCAAGCAGAUAUGAUGUCAGCAGCAGUGGGGUCAGCAGUGCGGGUGGUUACGUAGAACCAAAGUACCGAAACUAUGACUCAAACCUGCCAUUUGAGAACAGUGUGCCUCACUAUGACCAGCAACAAUGGAACCCUUACAGCCAAUCGCUAAGCACUGCCAAUUCCCAGAGUUUUGAUCAUCAGCUACCAUAUGACGAUGGUCCUGACCCUGAGUACACCCCUCCUCUUCGCUAUGAUGAGCCUCCACCUCAGCAGGGAUAUGAUGGACGGCCUCGCUUCGGUAAACCGACAGGUCCAGGGCCUGUCCGUUACGAUGAUCCUCCCCCUCCUGCUCCAGGGCGGGACAAACACUACGAUCAGGAUUCUUUCCUGACCACAUACCCUGCUGCUGCCCGCUCUCCUGAACCCACUUCCCAGCGGCCUUCGUAUAACCAGGGACCACCACCUCAGCAGAAAGGCUACAAACCUCAGCAGUAUGACCCUAUUCCUGUGAACUCUGACACCAGCGCCACACCUCCUCCCAAAGCAGAAAACUCCUCACCUUCACUUCUGGAUGCUCCCAAAUCUGCACCUGUCAGAGACGAGAAACCGGAGGACGACCCAGCCAUGAAGCCGCAGUCGGUCCUGACGAGGGUCAAGAUGUUUGAGAACAAACGCUCAGUCUCCAUGGACCGAGCCAGAGAUGCAGGAGAGUCUUCUGCCAACAAGGCUGCAGAUUUACCCUUGAAGAGCGGGGGAGUAAUUCCUAAAGCAAAUUCUUUGAGCAACCUGGAUCAAGAUAAGGCAUAUCGAGCUACAGAGCCACAGAAGCCUCAGACUAAAGGAGCCGAUGAUAUUGUCCGCUCCAACCAUUACGACCCUGACGAAGAUGAAGACUACUACAGGAAACAGCUGUCUUACUUUGACCGGCUCCAAACUGGACCAAACAAACCCCAAGCACAAAUAACACACAACUUCUCAAGGACGGAAUCAGGGGAGAUACCAAGUCUACUGGAGAAAAAACAUGAACCUGUUCCUCAGGUGACUCCACCUCUGCCACCAGCCACACUGCCUAAACCCUCAACCGAAGUCAAGCCUCCUGCUCGCGAGGACACUGUCCAGACCAACUUCCUGCCCCAUAAGAGUUAUCCGGAGAAGUCCCCAGUUAACGGCACAAGUGAACAGCCCACAAAACCACUCACUAGCACCGGGGCUCCACCAGCAUCCACGUACAACCGCUUCAUGACCAAGCCAUUCACUACAUCUGCCAAGCCCUUUUCACGCAUGUUUGACAGUCCAAAGUUCAACCACAACCUUCUGCCCAAUGACAAGCCUGACACUGCUCCAAAGGGUGUAAGCUCCAGCCCAGUAAAGCAGCCCCAGAUACCACCACAGACCCAGAACUUAGACCACGAUAGUGGUGUGGACACGUUCACCCGCACCAUGGACCAUCGCUCCAAGUACCAGAACAACAACAUCACUGCUGUCCCGAAGGCCAUCCCUGUGAGCCCCAGUGCUCUGGAUGACGAUGAAGACGAAGAUGAAGGCCACACUGUAGUUGCAACAGCCCGUGGUAUCUUCAACUCUAACGGCGGCGUCUUGAGCUCCAUUGAGACUGGUGUCAGCAUAAUAAUCCCACAGGGGGCAAUCCCUGAGGGGGUGGAGCAGGAGAUUUACUUCAAGGUCUGCCGAGACAACAGCCUCCUGCCCCCGCUCGACAAAGAGAAAGGAGAGACUCUGCUCAGCCCUCUGGUGAUGUGUGGACCUCACGGCCUCAAGUUUCUGAAACCUGUGGAGCUGCGCUUACCUCACUGUGCGUCAAUGACCCCUGAUGGUUGGUCUUUUGCUCUAAAAUCCUCCGACUCCUCGUCGGGUGACCCCAAAAGCUGGCAGAACAAGUCCCUCCCUGGAGACCCCAACUACCUGGUGGGAGCCAACUGUGUCUCUGUGCUCAUUGACCACUUUUAAUGAGAGCUCUGCUGUUGUGAUGGAGAGGAAUGUGGAACCAGUGGAUAAAAUGAAGACCCUACAACACAUGAAGUAUGGAGACCACCCGGGCCGUGAUGUUUACUGGAGCCCACACAUGAAGGCAGGACUAUUGAAGACCGUUACAAGCUGUUCUUAAAAAAAACAAACAAAAAAAAACAAACUUUUUUUUACCGCCCAAUAUUAAGUGUUGAUGUGACACACAUUUACUGCAUGCCUCCUCCCCUGACACACCUCUGAGGAUCCACAUGAAGUAUAAGGCUGUGUUUGAUGUAAUUUUUUUUACAUGAAUAUCGAAGAAUGGAUGAGCGUCAAUGCUUCACUAAUAUUUAUGCCAUAUAUGCAUAUACUGUAAAGUAGUAUAGAGAACAUUUACUUAAAAUUGUACCCACAAAACAAGUCUACUUUUUUACUCUCUAAUUACAACAACAAUAACAGGCGUUGUGCGUCUCCACACGUUUCUCUUCUCAGACAGAGAAGUUUUCAGCGAAGGUUUGAGAGAAGUUUGUAGUGAAGCCAAAGGGCGGCGGUGUUUGCAGGUCUUUCUUGAAGUUGUUUUUGCAGUUUGAGCUGGAUGUGAACCCAAGCAGCACACUUUUAGAAAACAUCUCUCCUUUCUUAGUUCUUCCUUCGCCUGCAGUGACAACUUGUAGCAUUUCUUUUGUUUUUGUUUCCGCUUCUCUCCUUCCAGCCUGAGGCAGAUCUAUGCAUGUUCCUUAUUCGGGUUCAGUCCCCUCCUCCUGUUCCUCACCUCCUUAUUUGCAUCCCUUUAUCUCCACUCUCUUCUUUGCACUCAUACACAAAUGAGCAGCGAUGCCUUAUCUGCAGUUUAUUCGUUCUUCCUCAUGGAGAAAAAGAAGUCCUGUUAAAUUUCUGUGAUUUGUUUCGGCCAUGUUAUUUUUACGUGAACCCUCUGUAUAAAUAAACCUGGGUUGAUCUGACGGUAACGGUUGGCAGAGAAUAACGAAGGUUUGCUAUACUUUAUCUGCUAUGCAUUAAGUCAAACACACACAAAUAUGGAAAAAGAAGUGUCUGUAAAUAAAGUUAGCACAUUGCCUUGUUCGUGUCUUUGGUUUGUAAAUGAACUUUUUGUACGUCAUUUUCUUUUUUGUAUAAAACCUAGAGGAAAACAUGUUUGAAAAAGUGAAUCGAGUGAACACAGAUGAACCCCUCGAGCCUUGGAACUUGGAACCUAACAAUAAACACAAAAGGUUUUUCUUUUUAGACCUAUUCAGUAUAAAGUUGCAGUAAAAGAUCUUUUGUUAAUAUUUAAGGAUCAGGAAAAAGGACUUGGACUAAGUUAGACUUAAAACUUCAUCAAUUCCCCGAAAUGAUGUGAGUUUUCCCCUCACCGAUUUGUGAUACUGGAUGCUGUAUUGUGUGCCCUUAAAUGUAUUUUUGUACUAAUAGACAAUAUAUUCCGUAUGGCACACCAGUACCAUUUUUAUUUUUAGAUAUAACACUGCUUUACUUGGAUAUUAGCUCUUCACAUGUGGCUGACUUUUUUUUUCUCCUCUACAACACAGUUUAAAGUAUACCGCUGUAUUAAUAAAGUCAUUUUCAAAGAAAAAAAA